CCGCCCCCCGCCCGUCCGCCAGCCCGCGCCUGCAGCGGAAGCCGGAAGCAAAAGCAGUCCCUGCUAGCCCCCGGCUCCGAACUCGGUGGUCUUGGAGGCUCCGCAGGAUGGGGGAGAAGAUGGCGGAAGAGGAGCCCUGGGCACAUAGUAGUGAAGGAGGCCGACCAGGAGCCGCCCUCAGGUUCCCUAAUACAACUCAUGAAGGUUUCAAUGUCACUCUCCACACUACCUUGGUUGUCACUACGAAACUGGUGCUCCCGACCCCUGCCAAGCCCAUUCUCCCCGUGCAAACGGGGGAGCAGGCUCAGCAGGAGGAACAGUCAAGCGGCAUGACCAUUUUCUUCAGCCUCCUCGUCCUAGCUAUCUGCAUCAUAUUGGUGCAUUUACUGAUCCGAUACAGAUUACAUUUCUUGCCAGAGAGUGUUGCUGUUGUUUCUUUAGGUAUUCUCAUGGGAGCAGUUAUAAAAAUUAUAGAGUUUAAAAAAUUGGCAAAUUGGAAGGAAGAAGAAAUGUUUCGUCCAAAUAUGUUUUUCCUUCUCCUGCUUCCUCCUAUUAUAUUUGAGUCAGGAUAUUCAUUACACAAGGGUAACUUCUUUCAAAAUAUUGGUUCCAUCACCCUGUUUGCUGUCUUUGGUACGGCAAUUUCCGCUUUUGUAGUAGGUGGAGGGAUUUAUUUUCUGGGUCAGGCUGAUGUAAUCUCUAAACUCAACAUGACAGACAGCUUUGCAUUUGGCUCCCUGAUUUCUGCUGUGGAUCCAGUGGCCACUAUUGCUAUUUUCAAUGCACUUCAUGUGGACCCAGUGCUCAACAUGCUGGUGUUUGGAGAGAGUAUUCUCAACGACGCCGUCUCCAUUGUCCUGACCAACACAGCUGAAGGUUUAACAAGGAAAAAUAUGUCAGAUGUCAGUGGGUGGCAAACAUUUUUACAAGCCCUUGGCUACUUCCUCAAAAUGUUCUUUGGCUCAGCAGCACUCGGCACCCUCACUGGCUUAAUCUCUGCACUAGUGCUAAAGCAUAUUGACUUGAGGAAAACGCCUUCCUUGGAGUUUGGCAUGAUGAUCAUUUUUGCUUAUCUUCCUUAUGGGCUCGCUGAAGGAAUCUCGCUCUCGGGCAUCAUGGCCAUCCUGUUCUCGGGCAUUGUGAUGUCCCACUACACGCACCAUAACCUGUCCCCGGUCACCCAGAUCCUCAUGCAGCAAACCCUGCGGACCGUGGCCUUCCUGUGCGAAACAUGUGUGUUUGCAUUUCUUGGCCUGUCCAUUUUUAGUUUCCCUCACAAGUUUGAAAUUUCCUUUGUCAUCUGGUGCAUAGUACUUGUACUGUUUGCCAGAGCGGUGAACAUUUUCCCUCUUUCCUACCUCCUGAAUUUCUUCCGUGAUCAUAAAAUCACACCGAAGAUGAUGUUCAUCAUGUGGUUCAGUGGCCUGCGGGGGGCCAUCCCCUACGCGCUGAGCCUGCACCUGGACCUGGAGCCCAUGGAGAAGCGGCAGCUCAUCGGCACCACCACCAUCAUCAUCGUGCUCUUCACCAUCCUGCUGCUGGGCGGCAGCACCAUGCCCCUCAUCCGCCUCAUGGACAUCGAGGACGCCAAGGCGCGCCGCCGGAACAAGAAGGACGUCAACCUCAGCAAGACGGAGAAGAUGGGCAACACCAUCGAGUCGGAGCACUUGUCAGAGCUCACAGAGGAGGAGUAUGAAGCCCACUACAUCAGGCGGCAGGACCUCAAAGGCUUCGUGUGGCUGGACGCCAAGUACCUGAACCCCUUUUUCACGCGGCGGCUAACUCAGGAGGACCUCCACCACGGACGUAUCCAGAUGAAAACCCUCACCAACAAGUGGUACGAGGAGGUGCGCCAGGGCCCCUCUGGCUCCGAAGACGACGAGCAGGAGCUGCUGUGAUGGAGCAGGGCGCCCCGUCGGGCCCCCCCCCCCCCCCCCCCCCCCCGCCGGCUCCCGGGACAGACACUCCGCGAAGGCCCCCGGUGCUGCUUGCAUCGGGCGGCCUCCUCAGGGCAGAUGGAGGCGGGGUGAAGCAAAGGCCACGGUCCUUUUAAACCCGGCGUCCCCGGCCCUCGGAGCCAGCUGUCUGCUUCGGAAACAGUCAUCCCCCCAGGCCUCACUGAGCCGGACCUCUGCUCGCCGUGUUGCUUCUCAGCUCGCAGAUCAGAGGGACCACGUGUCCAGGUAAAUUCUCCUCUUCUGCACCCAGGGCGAGUAGCCCUCUGCCGCGCUGCGGCGCGUGAGGAGAGAAAUGGCGCUGCGGAGCCCGGCCGUGACCGGGGCGGCCAGGGGAGCGCGGGCUCGCAGCUUCCGCCGUUCCCAGCCACGGCCUUCGUCCCGGGAGCACCUGCUGAGGCCGGGAUGGGUGCCUGUUCUAGCGGGGCGAGGAGCCAGCCGUUUCCCCUUGGUCAUCGAGGUGCCUCCGGCCUCAGCAGCAGCAAUUCUGACCUAAGUGCUGGGCUCCGAAAUCUGGAAAAUGUCACACUCCCCUCUGUGAUGUUGCUUGCGCUCCUUGAGAAAGAAAAACCGAGUGACAAACUUCAUCACCUCUGAUUGGGCCCUCGCGGGCUGUCUCCCUGUGUGGCAGGCAGUAGCUGCCCUUCUCUGGGAAUACGGUGAAUGUUCACGCCGGUGUGGAGCAGGGGCACAUGGGCCCUUCUCUAAAGCCCCAUUGGAAGCUUGGGUUUUGGGGUGAGGAAGCCUAGUCUGUGGGGUCAGAGCGCCCUCUGGAGGGAGAGGCUAGCGUUACAGGGCUUAUGCAGGCCGGCAUCUGCUGUCUUCUAAUUGAGCUUAAAUUCAUGCACUUUUACGAAGUAGUGAGAGCCUAGCAGUUACCUCCCUCACUCGGUGGACCUUAUUGUCCAUAGGCCCCAUUUCCUGGGCUCCACGCAGUCUGCCCACUGUUUACCUGCUACCACCUUCCUUCCCUCUCCCAGUUCUUUUCCAUCUUGGGUCCCAGCUCGCCCAAGAACUGGAGCAGGGGCCAGAGCGGCAGCCCCCUGCGCUCCUCCCUGCUGCCCCCACCCAGGACUCGCCCACAUGCACACCCCCUGCCCUGUCCCCGUGGUCCCGGCCCCUGGGCUGUCUAGCAGGGGGAGCUGCCCAUCGUGUCCAGAUGAAGUGGUCACUGACUUUCACAUCUGCGCCUCACACCUGCUAGCCUUCACCCAUCUGUGGGCCGGUGGCAAAUCCCCUAUGUGGCUCAGGGUCCCUGCCUUGGGACUCGGCACCCUCUGGCAUGGUUUGCUUCAUCAUGUGCGGUCCUUGGUUCUCUGUGGGGACACCGUGGGCCAGCACAGACCCUGGGCUGGCAGCACGUAUGUUUCCAUCUCUUCUGCCUCAGGCGGCAGGGCUCUGGACGUUAGCAAGGACUGAACUCUCCGGGUCUCUGCUGCCCAGCCCACCGGGCCAGGCCCCUGCCCAGACCCCUUCCCCUUUCCCGAAAGAGUGAGGCCUGUCAGGCUGGAAGCAUAUGGUUUCCUUUCUAUGCAUGAAAAGUAAAUCUGUACUUGAUAGGGUUAAAAUAUGGCCAUUUCUCUUUUUGUAAUCUCCUACUUUAACCCCUUAAUUUAAGCCAAACAGGAGCAUUUUACUCCACCUCAUACCUUCACUGGAGGAGUAAUGCCAUCGUAAUUCUGGCCUCCAUCAUGUCCUACUUGCUUUUAGGGGGGAAAAGUAAAAGAAGAGGUCAGAGAGGGAGGGGACCUUGUCCACCCCUGGAGGGAGGUGGGCAGGGAUCCCCGACUAGAGUGUUCUCUCAUUCCCAAACCCAUAAGUAAUCUUUCUUCCUUGAAAUUCAGGGUGUGAUCUCAGAAGUGCAACUUGCAUUGCAAACUCAAUAGUUUACCAGAAAAUUUAGUGGGGAGGGGGCUGUGAGUUCAUAGAUAAUAGCAGUGAAAACAGGAUCUCCUCGAUUCAGACUGCCCCUGGUCACCAGGUCCCAUCUGGCCUCCCGCUUUUAGCUGAGACCUGAAAACGACACUGAAGUAGAGAAGGGUCCCCGGGGUGGAAAGUCCCCAGGGCCUGGCUCAGUGGGCAGGGGGCACCUUUCCUGGCAGUUACCAGCACCAGCUUGGGUCUCCUGUGAUGGGUCUUCUGCCCCCCGCUGGCUAAGGGAGGUUUGGCAGGCUGGAGAGCAUUCCCACGAGGACAGGUGUGCCCUAUGUAGGAGAUGGGUUUUCCCAUCCAUAUCAUGGAGAUGGGUUUUCCUGGUGGAUUUUUAAAAGUGUCUUUGCCUGAGAAUCAGAAAUGUGCUGUUGGCUACCUUUAGCGUACCUAAUAAUUCUACUAUUGGGGGCAGUAAAUGCCUAGUCGAUUAAAAAAAAUAUCCAGCAUAACUCCAAUUUCCCACAAAUUUACUUCGUUCUGGGUCUAAGCCGUGGGACAGGGAAGCCACAGCACAUAGACAAGGUCACACUUUAGGGUGAGGUGAAGGCUAUAAAGUCAGUGAGGGCCUCUGGGGAAGCUGGCCAGUCAGCUAGUUAGCCAGUGAACUAGAAGGUGCUUGCCUUGGGGAGCCAUGUGGCAGCAAGCACCCUCCCCCAAAAGCGCCCCCCCCCCCCCCACAGCAGGCCUAGCGAUUUUGAACUCUUGAAAUAAGUCACAUGGCCUGUCGUUGUAGGACUCCUGGGAACAACCGUACCCCGAAGCUUGUGGUAUGGGUGUUACAGGGAAAGGAGGCGGCUUGCCCUAGGUCCCCCAGAGAUCAAGUUUUAGGCUAGGCUAAGCCAGGGCCAGGCAGGAGGAAGGUGGCUCAGUUCCACAGCGUGGUGCUCACUCAGCCCAGCAGCAGAAGCACAAACCUCCCGCACCCAGGCCAGCUACCUCUCUUCACAGUGGAAAUGCUGGCCAGGCCUUGGCUGGUGUAAGGCCAAGGGGCAGGGCCUGGCCCAUAAUGUCGGUGAUCCCAGAGGACCCUAAGUCAGCCUAGGGGGGGUCCUGGUUUGCCUGCAGAUUCCUUUGUGUGCCAUGGAAUGUGGAGAGAUUCGUGAGUGGGGCUCCUCCUCCCCUCGGAACCUAUGUCAGAGCUACAGACUUGGCCUCUGGCCUCGGGGGGUCUCGGUUCCACAUUCCCACAGGGGCCCACACAUUUGGCAGAGUCCUCAGCGGGGUGGCCACGGCCGGGAUCCCACUUCUGCAUUGGUGGGGAGACUGAGGGUGGGGCAGGGUGGCGGCCAGCUUCUCCUCGUCCGAGUUACGGAUGUCAAAGGUGCAGGCCUUAGAACUGGUCCCUGAUUCAAGUGCAAGGAGGAAUCAGCAUCAAUGAUCUGCCAUUAAUUAGGACUUUAGAUGCAAAAAAGAGAGAGAGAGAGAGAGAAAAAAAAGGCACCCUGAUCCUCCCCUAUUCCCUCCGGAACACGUACCCCUGUUUCUCCUGCUGGUUGACGGUAGGAAACCAAAUCUGAACCGUUCCCGAAACAGCAGCCAGAAUCAUUAAGAAGCUGCUGUCUGUACCAGGAACUCCGUCUCCAAAGCCCUAGGCGAUAACGUCUGAAAUGCAAACACCCCUGUGAGAGGAAAGCCUUAAACAGCCAAGUAGCCACCCUGCCUUCCAUUUGGGUUCCUGCGAUUUCUCACGCAGAUGGAGUCAGACAUUCAAGAGCUUCUGUUGCUGUUGGCCACGUGACAGAAGAAGGAUGCCUUUAUGUUUCCCCUGGGCCGUCCCAUCCCACUGCCCACCCCAUUUUUUCACUUUCCCGCCCCAGCCAACGUGGUCCCGGAGGGAGAAAACGUACUUGGCCUCUCUCACCGGCGAGUCGGUCUCCCAGGCGGCUCUGCGCGGACGGACGGGCCCGACUCGGGGUGAGAGCACCGUGUGCCCUCAGGAGCAGCUGCAGGAGCCUGGGCCGCGGGACCGGACGGGGAACGUGCAGACGGUUGCUCAGGAGGGAAAGGUCACCCGUCACCUUCGCGAGCCUGUGCUCCCAGGAGCCUGGCAGCCACGUGGAAGAGCCACGUCAGCACGUUCUUGGCGCUCCCUUCUCGAAGCCCCGGCCCUGCUCUGAGGAGCCUUCCCGCUACCGGCCCGGGAAGGCUUGUCACUCGCUUCGGGGCUUUGAGGUUGGUGGCUCACCCGAGGCUUUAAUGUUUUCUCCAGCACAGCCUGUGCCAAGCUUGAGUUGUUCUCAAGGUUAAUCAGAAGUUUGAAUUCUUUUGAGUGACUUUCUUUGUAAAAACGAAGAAAUGUUUACAGUGCUGCUUUUUUAUUUGUUUUGAGACCUUGGCGAAGGUCAGGCUUAUCCUUUGUCCUACCCCAUGCCACGUAAGUCGUAAGAAGUAUCUGUCAGGUCCUGGUUCCUGAGAAAGGAUUUGCUGCUCCUGUCGAUGAGAUGGGAUUGGGGGGCGGGGGGGGGGGGGGGGGGAGGUAGGUCAGAGAUGGGGCGCCUGUAGCUGCUCUGCCGGAGCCCCUGCUUCACCCCACUGGACUCUUUAAAGAAUUCAGAAGCGGAUGGCAAACAGUAAUGUCACUGGAUACUUAUUUAGAAAUAAAAACGAACGCUGCUGAAUCAGA